GAUCCAUCCCUUUUUCCCCAAUGCAAACCGAAGGUUGGGCAAGGAAUCUCUGAUUAGAGGACCACUUCUGCUCACAGCACGCGGGAGAAAAUCCCCGGUUGCUCGAUCCUUUUAAUUGCAGAGUCAGCCGAGGUCGAGCGCAAGCGAUCGAGUGUGAGAUAUCGAAGAGAGGGAACGAUACGAUCGGCCAUGAGCCUCUUCGGUCUCGGAAGGAACCAAAGGACAUUUCGGCCUAAAAAGAGUGCCCCGUCUGGUAGUAAGGGUGCACAACUUCGAAAGCAUAUUGAUGCUACUCUAGGGAGUGGGAACUUGAGGGAAGCUGUGAGACUCCCUCCUGGGGAGGAUGCGAAUGAGUGGCUUGCAGUUAACACUGUGGAUUUCUUUAACCAGGUGAAUCUUCUAUAUGGCACACUUACUGAGUUUUGCACACCUGAGAACUGCCCUACUAUGACUGCAGGGUCAAAGUAUGAAUACAGGUGGGCAGAUGGUGUGCAGAUAAAAAAACCCAUUGAAGUAUCUGCACCUAAAUAUGUUGAGUAUCUUAUGGAUUGGAUCGAAGCUCAACUUGAUGAUGAAUCCAUAUUCCCUCAAAGACUCGGAACGCCCUUUCCUCAUAACUUUAAGGACGUUGUGAAGACAAUUUUUAAACGCCUGUUCCGAGUCUAUGCACAUAUAUACCACUCCCAUUUCCAGAAGAUAGUGAGUCUAAAGGAGGAGGCGCAUCUCAACACGUGCUUCAAACACUUCAUUCUGUUUACAUAUGAGUUUGGCCUGAUUGACAAGAAAGAACUUGCCCCACUUCAGGAGCUUAUAGAGUCCAUUAUUGUCCCUUACUAAUAUUAUGAUUAAAACUGUAAAUGCUAUUUACGGAAUAAUGUGUGGGUUUGUUCUUGCUAUUUGCUAAUUCUAUUUGAGACUCCUCUCCACAAUU